ACGCCAAGUUUGCAUCGAGACAUAAACAAAUCUGCACUCCGGUUAUUGAAGGUGUUUAGAGAUUCGAGUGAUAAUACUGCUUUUUGCUGUAAAAGUCUACGUAUUCAAUAUCUGUUCUUCGAUUUAAACAUUACAAGAUAUUCGCGAGUAUGGCUGAUCACGAUAUCUCCAAGAUGAAGGUGGCCGAUCUGAAGAAAGAGCUAAAAAAUCGCGGACUCAGUACUUUGGGGAACAAAAAUGAACUCAUCGAUAGACUACAGAGUGCACUUAUUGAUGGUGGUGAUCCACUGGAAGAUACGGCCAACUCGGAGGAUCUUCUAGAGGACGAUGAAUUGAAUGAUGAUAUUUUGGAGGAAGACGAGGAAAAACUACAGGAUGGUACCGCCGAAGAAGAACAUAUUUUGAAGUCGCCGACUCCAAGCGAAACUUCUAAAGUGGAAUCACCAGUACAGGAAAAGAGCGAAUUAGAUAAGAUACAGCGACAAGAGAAAAAGGAUGAUCAAUCCACCGUGCUGCAGAAAAAAGUCUCUCUCAAGCGAAAUAUAUCUAUUUCUGUUCCUACGAGUGUUGUCCCCUCGGUCACGAGUGGUAACAACAAUGGUAAGGCAAGCGAAAGUGACAAAGGAGUUGGUGAAAAUAACGGGGAAUCUAAAUCGAACGAGCCGGAGAAGAAAGUUAUAAAGUUAAGCCAGAUGAGCGCUCAAGAAAGGCUUGAAAUGCGGGCGAAAAAGUUUGGUCCACAGGCUGCCGAAACGAGUGAUACCAAACUUCAAGCUCGGGCCGCCCGUUUUGGUAUUGGAGGCAGUAAUCCUUCAAGUAGCACAAAUGCGAGCAAUUUAGUUUCACUGGAUGCACUCAAAAAGCGGGCAGAGCGUUUCGGCUCCAAUGUAUCGGACAAAUUAACGAAAGUGGAACAGGAGGAAAAGCUGUUGAAGCGACAAGAGAGGUUUGGUGAUUCGGUGGCUUCGUCUAAACUCACAGCCACCGGUAAAAUUGCCAUAACUGCAAGCGGCACCGACAGCAGCGUUAAGACGGAUUACGCUGAACGAGCUCGUCUCCGACUAGAGAGAUUCAAAAAUACCGCCUAACCACAUUAACCCGACUCGGUUCUCAACAAACAAUCAGGAUACAAAUGUAACCGAAUUAUUUCGAUACAUUUCUCAUUAAUAAACUUACCAAGUUCGUUCCGAUAAUGAUACAAGCGUUCGACUGGCUAAUAAAACCCGUACUUGUAUUUAUUUAAGAAAAAACAAAUUUGAAACAUUGCUCUGUAAUGUAGCUCUCAUAACUCCAAUAACUAAUAAUUUCAACAAAAUAGAAUUGAGUGAUACCUAAUAUAUAUCGCAAAUAAAUUCCCAUGAAUCCAA